AUGUGGUCUCGCAUUGGCGGGGGGAAGAACGCCUGCGCGGGACUGCCACUGCGCCUGGUCCUGAAAGGCGAAACCUUCUCGCCACUAUACUGGAAGAGCAAGCACCAGGCCCUCAUCGACAUGCAGCGCCAGUGUGGCUACCCAUCCCUCUUCAAAACGAUGGCGUCGUGGGAGUACAGCUUCCCCUACCACCUCUUCGUCCUGGAUGAGAUGGAGAAGGGCGGCCGCGGCAGGAUGCAGCUGGCUGGCUUGGAGACGCUGCACACAGCCCACGUCUUCACGCAGCUCAAUCGCGGCCUCUACUCCGGGCGCAACAAGACCUCGGCGCAGGAUGGCUGGAAGGACCACAUCCUCUCCGCCGACUCCGUGCCGGAGGAGCGUCGUCCGCAGACCGUGGUCAAUUGCCUCGAAUUCCAACAUGAAAAGCGCAAACUGCCCACCCAGGAUUAUCAUGGGAGCGGCCGCGUCCACAGUCUCGACUACGUCGAGAACGUGGACCAGGUCGGGCUGGAGCGAAAGUUGGCCGCCACCGUGCCCGACGCUGAGGACCAACCCGCGCUGCAGGGCACAUGGAAGGCAGACCGCACGGUCGCAGCGACAGUGGCUGGCCGGUGGAGGACGGACAAGGCGCAGGGGCACCGAGCUUUCUUCCCGGAGACACUGGAGAUAACCACCAUCAGGACGUACGUGGCCACGUACACGCCCAAGUUCUCGGACAGCUUCGCGCGAGAGUGGCUGAACGACGAGGCUUCUGCCUUCUCUGUCGCGCGUCGCGUCCUCUUCGACUACCAGCCCGCCGAACCGGAGAUGUGGCUGUACUUGUUUGCCCAGUGCCGAUACGGCGGCACCAUGGUCCCACUGAUCAUGCCAUGGCCCGGCAUGGAGACGCCCGCGGCGGUGGUGAAGGCUUACGAAGACUCCUCGUGGCGCUGCGAGAACAUGAGCCUGCUGGAGUUCUGCCGCAAGACCAACAGUGACGGGCAGAUCGCCAAGUGGGUGGUGAAGCUUCACAAGCUCCAUGCCUUUGCGAACAACUGCCCCACGCGCGGCGAGAAGCUGGUGGCCUGUGACAUGCUGUCCGUAUUCAAUGACCGCUGGUUCGGGCAGUGGCUGGCGUUGCGAAAGCCCUUCCAGCAACUGAACGGCCUCCUGUCCAAGGAGGUACAGGAGAAGGUGCCCUUGCAGUACGCCCACUUCGCCAAUGCAGUGCUUCAAUGUCCGGACUACUGGGACGAUGAGGACCGCGUCCGGGCUGACCUGCAGCUCGAAGCGACGGGCAACGACAAGAUCCUUACCUUCCUGGCCAAGGUGAAAGCGCAGCGAGCCCUCGUGGAGAAGUUCAUGAACGGCCUCUUGACCAAGGAGGAUGAGGAACGCCUGGAGCGGAGCAUCUGCAAGUUGCUGGACGCAGCCAAGGCCGCCAGGGAGGCGCCCAACGAAGCUGCGUGGGAGCACAUUGUGGACGAGGCCGCAGCGAACAGCCGACCGCAGGCGGUUAUCGGCCCUCCAGGCACGGGCAAGACCACGGUGAUCGACAAGUGCGUGCGCAGAUGCCUUCGACAGGGUGGCCGCGUCCUCUUUGCACUACCCACCGCCCAGCAGGCCUCGAGGGUUAGGACGAAGCAUCCUGAGGCUGACGUGGACACGUGCGCGGGUGCCUUCUUCCUCUACAAAGACUCCGUGGAGGUCAUGGACUGCCUGACUCAGUACGAUAUGAUCGCGGUGGACGAGGUCUCUCAGCUGUCCCAAAAGGAUUUCGACCGCAUCGUCCAGAUGUACCUGCUCUGGUCUUCGCCGGUGACUUCUGGCAGCUCCCGGAUCGAGCUCUGGCGCUGCAAAGACGAGACCCUGCGGCAGAAGCUUGUGGCUUUGCGGACUGCCAUGCCCACCAAGCAGCUCUUGAAGCGCAUCGCCUUGCGCCACAAAGCUUGGUCGGGACAUCGGGAGCCGACGGCGUGGGACCUGCAGGAGCUCUACCGCAAGGUGCCCCACACCACCAUCGCCACGUGUGGACUGGGAGUCCAACGCUUCGAUGACGAGAACAAGGUCGUCCUGGGCCGGCCGCCGGUGCCCUUGCGCAUGAAGCUGCACCGUGGCCUUCGGGUGCAUCUCACCCGUAAUGUGGACAAGCCCGCGGACUUUGUCAACGGCAUGGAGGCCACCGUGAGCAGCUACGACCCCUGCUCCCGCUGUGUCCACGUAGUCACCAAGACGUGGCGCAACCUGGCGGUCUACCCCAUCACGGACUGGGUGGAAGGCUGUGGCUACGUGACUGCCCACCCAAUGCGUCCAGGGUAUGCCAGCACUGUCCACAAGCUGCAAGGGGCAGAGCUGGAGCAUGUUACCAUUUGGCUCGACAUCCCCUACAUGAAGGCAGCGGGAUACGUGGCGCUCAGUCGCGUCCAGCGAGACAGUGACUACUUGCUUGGAGGCAUCGUGACACGCAAGCACUUCCUCCCGGCCAUGUGA